UCCUCAAUUUAGUAAUCAGUCAAUAUCUGUUGUUCGCGAUGGCAUCCAAUAAUACUAAAUUUCACGGGCUACUUCAGCGGCCGUACGAGCCCAUGUUCCUACCCAAAUCCAACGGGCAAGUCUAUUUCGAUCUUCCCGACAGCUAUUUGACCGAUCGUUACCGCCCAAUUGGACAAUCGCUUCAGAGUCGUUUUGGUGCCAACGUGCAAACUCGGAUCCCGGUGCAGAACAUUUCCGCUCCAGAUAUUAGUUUUGCCCAAACGAUUCCCCGUCGAGGGGGAUUUUCCGUGUUCAAUCAAAGUCACCGUCAAGCUGCCGGAAGAUUGAUCGAAUUGUUCCAAAAUCAAAGUGAUGCCGAUACACUGUGUGCAGUGGCAGCCUUUUGCAGAGAUAGACUGAAUGGACCGCUUUUUCAGUAUGCCUUAUCAGUGGCCUUGCAGCACCGCUCGGAUACCGCCAACGUACCGGUGCCAAGUUUUCUUGAACUGUUUCCGGACAGGUUUGUCGAGGCGUCAACUUUUCCGCAGUUGCAAGAGGAAGGAAGAAUCGUUAACCAGGGCGACAGGAUGGCCAUCGAUAUUCCGAUGAAUUUUACCGCAUCCGACCGAGAACUAGAACAGAGAAUGGCUUAUUGGCGCGAAGACAUCGGUGUUAACCUGCACCAUUGGCACUGGCACUUGGUGUACCCUGCCGAAGGACCGGACAACGUCGUCCGUAAGGAUCGUAGAGGCGAACUUUUCUAUUACAUGCAUCAACAAACGGUAGCGCGGUAUAACAUGGAGCGAUUUUGUAACGGUUUACGCAGAGUUCGACCCUUCACUAAUCUUCGAGAACCCAUUCCGGAAGCGUAUUACCCGAAAAUUACCCAGAGCUCUAUUAACCGUUCUUAUCCCGGUCGUGGACGGAACCAACUGUUAACUGAUUUGAACCGUGUUGAAGAUCAAGUGAUCGUAUCGAUCGCUGACAUGGAACUGUGGACUAGCAGAAUAUUUGAAGCAAUCGAUGCAGGUUCUGCUACUGCAACCGAUGGCCGAAAAAUUCCACUCGAUAACAAAGAAGGAAUCGAUGUUCUAGGAAAUAUGGUGGAAAAUUCAACCCUUUCACCCAAUGUCAACUACUACGGAAGACUGCACAAUGAAGGUCACAACAUGCUUGCCUACAUACACGAUCCAGACAACUCGUUUUUGGAAGGCUUCGGUGUAAUUGGAGACAACACAACGGCUAUGCGUGACCCCGUCUUCUAUCGCUGGCAUCAGCAUAUUGAUGAUGUCUUCCAACGCCACAAGCGUCGCUUCAAGCCAUACAGCAAAGAUGAUCUGUCAUAUUCGGAUAUUGAAGUUGAUUCCUUCAACGUUCAACUCAAUCGUGCAGGAGCAAAGAACAACAUUUUACUCACGUUCUGGCAGAGAUCUCAAGUAGAUCUUGGUACAGGACUUGAUUUUGGACCAGAAGGAAACGUGUUUGCCACAUUUACUCACAUUCAGCAUGCACCUUUUACGUAUAGAAUUCAGAUAAAGAACGAUAGUGAAGCUACCAAACGUGGCACAGUUAGACUUUUCCUGGGUCCUAAGAAUGACGAGACUGGAAAAAAUAUUCCUUUCAUUGACCAACGUCGUUGGAUGAUUGAAUUGGAUACCUUUACCGUAAAUUUGAACCCAGGGGAAAACAACAUUGUGCGUCGAUCGGAUCAAUCAAGUGUCACCAUUCCGUAUGAGCGUACGUUCCGCAACGUUACCAUGUCCACUCAGCCGAACAGCGAUCAAUUUAGGUUCUGUAACUGCGGCUGGCCUUCGCAUAUGUUGCUACCGAAGGGAACUCCACAAGGACAGCAGUAUGAUCUGUUCGUCAUGGUGUCAAACUACAACAAUGAUACGGUGAACCAGGAGUAUAACGAAAAUACACCAUGUGAUGACUCUCACUCUUUCUGUGGCCUACGCGACCGGCUCUAUCCCGAUGCACGCAACAUGGGCUUCCCGUUCGACCGUGUAACUUCAUCUAACGUGAACAGUUUGAAGGACUUUGUCAAACCUUAUAAGAACAUGGCUACCACACCGAUCCAAAUUCGGUUCACCAAUACCGUAAUUGCCAGAUCUUGAAAGGGAUUUCUUUCCUAUUCUACGCUGAGACAUUUACGCGCAGUUGAUUGGUUCAGAAUAAUUUAUAACGCAUAUUGGAAUACUCGUUUGGAAUAUAUAAAUAAACUAUUAAUUGGCAAACAAA